CGACCAUCGCCAUAGAAUGGCUGGCCAACUCAUCGUCUUCGACUUUGACUGGUCGAUGGCAGACCAGGAUACAGAUAGAUGGGUUUUUGAGGUCUUGGCGCCCGACCUUCGUCGCAAAAUGAAGUCCUUGAAAGACGAAAUUCAAUGGACGGAUCUUGUGGCACAAUCGUUGAGAGAAGCCCACGCUCGCGGCAUCACCAAGGAUCAAAUUGAGCACGCCCUUCGAAUAAUGCCUUUUCAUCCAGCAAUGGUACGUGGAGUACUCGAUCUCAAGGCUGGCGGCAAGACGACAUUCCUCUGCCUGUCAAACGCCAAUUCAGUAUUCAUCUCCACAAUUCUCGAGUCAAAAGGUCUUCAAGACCUUUUUGAGGAAAUUGUUACCAAUCCUGCCAAGUGGGAGAGUUCAGGUCUUCUUCAGCUGAAUCGCAGGGUUGAUCCCAGCGGUCCGCAACAUAAGUGCAAGGUCGGCUGCAGCCCCAAUAUGUGCAAAGGAGAAGAGUUGGACGCGUUCCUUGCACGCCAAGGGAAGAAUUUCGAUCGUAUAGUUUACGUCGGGGACGGAACAAACGAUUUCUGUCCAAUCUUGCAUUUGCGAACCCAAGAUCUGGUUCUCUGCAGAACUCACCGCGGAUUACAAAAGCGGAUUGAAAAAGAAGGUCAUUCUAACGGACUACAAUGCGCAGUACAGCUCUGGGGAGGCGCUUGGGAAGUCGAGGAAAUAUUUAGCAAAUUGUAGAUCAUUAAUCUCAUCGAGAUAUAACUUUCCGUUGCCUAGAGGAUAUAUAUAGAUCUGUGAAAGCUUUCACGAGGUUUCGUAUCGCACCAUCCCAAAUGGUCCUUGUUGAAUCGAGUGCAUAAUAUUGAAGUGCUGAUAACAUUGUGCAAGAGAAAACCCGAGUAAAGGAGGUCUGAUAUAUGAAGAGGGGAAACUCAGACAUGAUGCAUUCAGGCGAGAAGAAGAAAAAGAGAUGGUGUCCUGCACAAAUCAUCUUGGCCAUCGACCGUCCUUCGGACUGGAGAGGGAUUGCUGGGGACCAUCGGAUGUCGUGAAAGGAUUGCGCUGAGGGCCCGAUCCUGUUUGACCUGAAGGAACGACUCCAGAACUGUAAAAGGAUGGCUGAGCUGCCUGUCCUUGAGGCGGGGCAUGUCGCGCCGAAGAGGGCGGUGCUUGUACGCUGUAGUUUUGAUAUUGGUCAGGCUGUAUUGGCACAUAGAUAUUGCCAAUAUUCGCGCGGUGAUCGACCGAAUCAAACGGCACUGCACCCGACGGUUGGAGCUGCUGGGGUUGACCAUAGUUUGUUGUAUAGCGGUUCCCACUCGCCGUGGUAUUGCUUGAAUAAGCUUGAGGUGGGCUGGAGAUAAUGGCACUACCACUAUACACCCCACUUGAACCCUCGCCGCGUGCCGCAGAUCGAACAUUCGACAAAACGGCAUCUCGUCU